AUGGAUAACUUUAUGCUAGCUGCUCUAUCGUAUACUGUGAAGAAAACUGAUGUUGUCUCAUGCGGCACGCAGACUUCUAUGAAGGAAAUUCCUGGCAGGACGUGGCGAAACGUAGAACUUUACCUUCACAACAUUGGUUAUCUUCAUCGUGAUGUUAAGCCUGGCAAUUAUACGAUAGGACGACCUGAACUCAAUGAAUUACGCAAGGUGUACAUCCUUGACUUUCGGGGAUUAUUCGCAAACCACGACAAGCGGCUGGGUUCCGUGGGACCGUACGUUAUGCUCCAAUAUCCUGUCACCUUCAAAGAGAGCUCUGCAGGUACAAUUAUACAGUGA